AUGGCCACAGCACUGGCAGCGGGACACGCGCAUAACGAGGCUACGGAGACGGCACGCAGAAGAGUCGGGACAAGGGACGGUCGUUGCACGGCGCGAGGUGCACGGCGCAAGGCAUUCUCCGAGGCACAUUCAACUGCACGCGCCCACUCGCACUCGCACGCACGCACCCCUUCAAAAUCCCGUCCAAACAACAACCCCCAAAACACUACCGGGCCCAACCUCUUUACCACUACGCCCACAGCCAUCACCAUGACGGCGUCGCGGUACCGGGCUCGGAAGCAGCGGGUCCUCCGGUCCGUCUUCGAGACCGACGUCUCCCAGCCGACUCCGCUCUCCACGCCCGUCGCGCCUUUCACCCAGCCCGGCGCCGCCUUUGGCGGUCCCCACGCGUCGUUACCCUCGUCUUCUUCCGGACCGCCCCUUAGCCAGCAUGGUGCUGGCGCCGCGGCCGCUGGAACCCCUCUUCCUCCUCCUCCUCCGCCCCGUCUCGCGGCCCUUCAUCAGGCCAGCGACCAGGUGAGGUGGGAUCGUGCCUGGCACGUUGUCACUUCUCGUAUUCAGCUGCCCUCUUCGGUUGCCAUCGAGGACUCCUUUGGUACCCUUGCUCCUGAGUCGCAGGAGCUGGAUAUUGACGGCAACUUCCUCGACUCGCUGGCCCUAGUCCUCAACCCUGGCCGGGCACUGCCUCAGGCCACCCAUAUCGAUGACAUCCUGCUGUGGCAUACUCAGCAGGUCCGCCAGCAUUUCGUUCACCACGUCAUGCCAUUGCUGGCUGCAUGUGCCGGCCAAGGAGGGCAGGCGCAAGUGCUCCUGGCAAGCAUUUCUACCCUCGAGGCUGCCCAUCGCCAGUAUCUCUAUGGGCUGCGACUCAUCUCCAGGGGGUUCGGAGAUGACGUAUCUGAUGCCGCUGCCAUGGCCAAGUUCCGCCGUGAUCUGCAUGCCAUCAUCGGAAACUCGAUGACUCAGGGUCUGGCGGAUGCUCUCCGGGGCGUGGUGCACCAGCUUGUCCGCAUGAUUCUUGGCUCUGGAAGAAGAUACGAUGGAGAAUUGGAACCCCUAGACUCAGAAGAUAGUGAUCGCGUCUCGGCAGCACGAGGGGAACUCCUGGGACUGCUCGAAUCGCUCCAAAAUGUCGGCCUGGCCGGCGAGAGCUUCCAGGUCCAGUUCGCAGAGAUUAUGAAUGCGAUCAUGGCCGAGUUCAUCCAGAACUCAUAUGCAGGCGUAUGGCAAAAGGCGGACCCGUCAAGCACUACUUCCGCAUCCCUUCUAUCCGGAUGCCUUGCUCAUCUCUCCGACUGGGUCGAGAAUCACUACGGGCGCCUUGCUGUUGAAGUCUUCAACCGUCUCGAUACCCAAAUUGCCUGGAGUGAUGUUGAAUGUUGGAAAGACAUCGCCGUUGGUCGGCUGGCCACGUUGCGCAUCCAUGAGCUCUUUGACAUCGCCUUGAACUGGCCCGAAAGCAAGGGCGGGCUAGAGGACCUCCGUCUAGCUGUCACUACACCUCAACGUCGCCUUCAGCUAACUGAUGCGUUCUCUCUGGCGCUGCAGAAGCGACUUCUUCAUCCGGGUCGCUCUACCUUGGACAUCCUGCAGACCUAUAUAUCUAUGAUUCGAACCUUCCAUGCUCUGGACCACUCAAAAGUGCUGCUCGACCGCGUUGUACACGCCCUCCAGCUAUACCUCUGUCAGCGAGAUGAUGCCAUCCGCAUUGUCGUCAUAGGACUACUCGCAAACCCUAACAGCACUGAAACCGACGGGGGAAAGACCAAGCUAGUAGAGUUGGCACUCUUAUUAAACGCGGCCUCUCAACAACAACGACGCGAGACAGAUGAUGAAGACCUCGACUGGAAUGACAUGACUUGGGUCCCUGACCCGGUGGAUGCCGGUGUCAACUACAAGAGACCCAAGAACGAGGAUGUCAUUGGCACUCUGAUCAACGCACUGGGCUCUCAAGACAUAUUCAUCAAGGAAUUCCAGCACAUCAUCGCUGAGCGAUUACUCUCGAAUCAGGCUACGUUCCUUCAAGAGACCAAGGUGCUUGGUUUGCUGAAGAAGCGAUUCGGCGAGAAUGCUUUACAGAAUUGUGAUGUCAUGAUGAAAGAUAUUCAAGACUCAAAGCGGGUAGAUGCUCGACUAAACAAAACCCUACGGCGCAACUCGAACCUUGAGACAGAGAACGUCACGUAUCACUCAAAGAUUCUAUCCCGACUUUUCUGGCCCAGCCUGCCCAAAGAUCCUUUCACAGUCCCCCCUCCAGUGGCAGAGAUUCGAAGUCGUUACGAACAGGGUUUCGAGGAGCUCAAAUCAUCACGAAAACUCACUUGGCUAGAUCACCUUGGGUCGGCGACGGUCAAGUUAGACCUUGAAGACCGCUCGAUAGAGUUGGAAUGUAAGACGUAUGAGGCAGCCGUCAUCUACACCUUCCAGGAAGAAGGAGGAUCGGGAGACUCGGGCCCUCAACAACGAACGUUUAAUGAGAUUUGGGAGAAGCUGAUGAUUGACGAAGACCUUCUGGAACUUGCUCUGAGAUUCUGGGUGAGCAAGCGGGUAUUACGGGACGCUGGGAACCAGACAUACGUGGUCCUGGAGCGUUUAGACGACAGUGCUGCGGCUCAAACGGAGGAUACUUCAAAUGCGCAGGGUACAGAAGAUGGCGGCCAACCAUCGCCACGCAAGCCGAAGAACGUGGAUUCGAAGGAAAACGAGCGACGGACGGUCUAUUGGCAGUUUAUUGUGGGCAUGUUGACAAACUCGGCACCAGCAAUGCCUCUGGGGCAAAUCUUGAUGAUGAUGAAGAUGUUGAUUGCUGACGGCUGCCCCUGGAGCAAUGAAGAGCUUCAGGAAUUCCUCGGAGAAAAAGUGGCGGAGAAUGAGUUAGAGCUAUGUACGUCGCAUCGAGUGAAAUUGAUAGAUGCAGAAGAGAUUGGCGGCGUUCGGGAGCCUGUCGAAAACAAGCAGCCGGGACGAGAACAGAGGCGGGACAAAGGCCGAGGCAAAGGCAACGUGUUUUUCGUACAAGCAAGCACCCAUCGCCCGGCCGCAUGCAUCGAUGGUGGGGGAAUGCAUCCCCGGGUUGUAUUUAUAUCGAGCUUACAGGCGAUACGUAUCUAUUCAUGA